CCUCUCUCUCUGGUACUGCUUUGAGCUUCCUCUAUUGUUGUGAGCAAGUGAUGGAGAUGAAAACUGUGACUUGCUUCAUUCUCCUAUUUGUUACAUUAGCUCAUGUGGAUGCCAGGCUUGGGUUGGAUCCCACAUUGAUGGAUCAAGGAAACAUGGAUUCCUACAUGGAGGAACAGCCACAGGAAUCUGCAUGUGGUUCAUGCUUGGAAGCAUCUCAGAGAGCUAAGAAAGCUUUGGAUGACCUAGAAACGUUUGGUGAGCUACAAAAGCUGUGCCUUCCUUUGCCUUCUGACAUCAAAGAUAAGUGCUUAGAAAGGUCGAGCGCGUACAUACGACAGACCAAGUUGCUUCUACGAGACCUUUUCGAUCAAGAAAACUUGUGCAAAAGCACAGGUCAAUGCACUGAUGAAUCCAUGUCCCCGAGGAAGGAUGCGAUCACUCCACUGUUGACAGAAUCGGCUAAGAAGAUAGAAGAAUGCGGAGAAUGCAGCGAAGCUGUCAAGCAAAUAUUUGCUGGAUUGCAGACACCGAGAAUGAUAAAAAAGAUGAAGCAGAUUCUUGGUGAAUACUGCGAAGAAGUGGAAAGCGAAAAGCAUUGCGAGGUGAUAUUGCAUAGGUAUGUCCCAAUUAUCAUGCUGCAACUUGAGAAGCUGAAACCCGAGGAGAUGUGCGGCAUGCUGGGUUUCUGUGCUGUCGGGAUACCUCUCUAAAGAUCACGUCUCAGACUAUAUAUGGUGGCAUCCUUUCUUCCAUUUGAUUUGUUAGGAAUAAAGAUGCAAGCACUUGCUAAAUCAGAUCUAAUUGAAUAAAGCCAUACAUAUUGUGACUUUGGAACU